AUGAAGCUGUUUUCCACACGCCUUCUUCACCUGCCUGACUCGUUCGGGCAGCUGGGGAAGCUGAAGGAGCUGACCAUAUACGAAUGCUACGACCUAUUUGAGCUCCCCGCCUCGUUCACCAACCUCUCUUCAUUAGAGACCCUACUCAUCUAUGGUGGAUCCUCGCUCAUAGACUUGCCCCUGGGUUUCGAGAAUCUGUCAAAGCUACGUCGACUAGAGCUGCUAAACUGCGCCAUGCCGUACCUCCCUGAUAGGUUCGGGGAGCUGCUGAGCCUGGAGAUUCUCAUACUUCAAACGACUGACACGUACAAAAGAAUCGGGGUUAAUUUCGAACCCGCCUCACGGCCCGCUCAUCUGGGGUAUGAGAGCGAAGGCGAGGAGUUCGAACUGGACGGAUCCUGCUCCCUGCGUGCCUUUCCUGGGACCUUCAGCUUGCUCACGCGCCUUGAGCAGCUGAUCAUAGACGGGUGUGAGAUGCUGGAGGAGCUGCCAAGCGGCAUGGGCAAUCUGCGCAGCCUGAAGGUCCUGAAAGUGGAGAACUGCAAGCGGCUGAAGUCAGCCCACUACCUCCCAGAAUCCUUCCUUUCCCUGGACCGCCUUCUCCACUUGAACCUAUACGACCUCCGAUCCCUCACGCACCUUAUAGCCCCACCAGCCCUCUCCCAAACCCCAGACAGAGCCGAAGCUGACAAGAAAUUCACACCUCAUGCUCCUCUGCCUGUGCUUCCCAGGAUGCCUGGAUCGAUAGGGCAGGCUGGAUUGGGGCGCCUGUCGUCUCUGGUGCACCUUCACAUUGUGAACACCAACCUCCCCGCACUCCCGGAAAACCUAGGCGAUCUGAAAGAGCUAGCAGUAUUGCUGCUAGAGAAGUGCCAUGCCAUCACAUCCCUCCCCUCCUCCAUGGUUACCCUUCCCAAACUGCAGCAGAUCAAUCUCAAGACCCUUCCUCUGCUGACUCACCUGCCCGAGAAUCUCGGGCAGCUGAAGGCACUCAAUGAGUUGGGUUUGGAUUCCUGUAAAAGCCUAGAGAACCUUCCAUCUUCCUUCACUCUGCUCUCCUCCCUUAUAAUGCUUAGCAUAAUCAACUGUCCUAAGAUUACUUGUCUUCCAGAUUCCCUUUCCUCUUUCACCUGCCUUUCCUCUCUGAAACUCAAUCGUCUGCCCAAGCUACGUUUUCUCCCAUCUCCAUUCUCCCUCCCAUCACUUGUCCAAGUCUCGCUGCAAGGAUGCAAGGCGCUGAGGGCUCUGCCCAGCGACUUGGGCAGUUUGUCUUGUCUGAGGGAGGUGGAUCUGGACGUGUGUACUCAACUGAAGGAGCUGCCAGGAUCGCUGGUGGAUAGAGUGAAUGUGAUUCAAGUGAAGGGUUCUUGGGGAAAGAGCUGCUACUAG